AUGGAUUUGAUGGCUUUUGUGCCCGAUUCUACAAGGAUACCAAAUCAGCAAGCAUAUUUACUGCGUGAGCCGUGCUUGGUACACAUUUGUAAAAUGCCGCCGAAGGAGGAUUUAUUGAGGAAAAUGAUUCCCGGAACUUCUCUUUGGUCAAAGCUACGACGUUGGUUCCUUGGUAUUCGGAUAGCGUCACGAAAGCAUCCAUACACGCAAUACUUCCUGAAGAGCACCCAGGCGAUCGAUUACGAGAUUAGUCAACACUUCAAGUUCUAUCCCAACAUGAUCCAUCCUUUCAGUACUUUCAGAAUAUUUUGGGAAUCUGCGAUGACGCUAUUUAUGAUAAUGACUUUAAUAGUCACUCCUGUAUUUCUCACAUUUUAUUUCGACGAACCUGAGAAAUGGUACCUUUUUAACCUUGCGAUCGACAGCGUAUUUAUAUGCGAUAUUGUGAUCUGGUUUUUCACCGGUUAUUAUGAUUACCGAACACAACUAAUAAUUCUGAACCCAAAGAUCGUGGCAAGCAAAUAUCUGCGGGGUGCCUUCGUCAUAAAUGUGUUGCCAGUGCUACCCUUGGAAUUUUUCUUCGUGCUUUUCAAAUCAAUGUGGUACUUGGCGGCAUUGAACUUACUGAAAAUACUUUGGAUGCAAACGGUCAUCAAAUACUCACGCGGACUUUAUUAUGUUUACGAAAUUAAUUUCCACCUAUAUAAGAUAGCGGAGAUUAGUGUCAUCAUUAUCGUAUGCGUGCAAUGGGCUGCUUGUCUGGAGUAUUAUUUGCCGCUGGCGGUCGCCAAGAUGGUUGGACAGAAUGAUGCAUCAUGGAUACUAUCGUCUUACAUGGAGAAAAAGAAAACAAAAUUUGCGAUUUACCUAUCAUGUGUUAGCAGAGCUGUUAUUGCCUUAACUACAUCCACGCAUUAUUUGGAUGUCAGAACUCCAGAGGAUAUUAUAUAUAAUAUGAUUCUCUCCAUUCUCGGAUUGCUCGGAUUUAUUUAUAUGCUGACGCAACUCUCACAGUUAAUGGCAACGAUUCAAUCUACUCGUAAAAGACAUUUACAAUUAAUAGAGGAGCUGGAACAGUACAUGAACUACAAGGAAUUGUCGUAUUCCUUGCAGCGGCGAUUACUGUCUUAUUAUGAUUAUCGUAAUAAAAAAGGAUUCGAGAGAAACAAGAUUAUUAUCAACCAUGUAUCACCCUAUUUGCAAAAAAAACUUCUUCUGCACAAUUAUAGCCGAUUGCUGAAUGAUGUGGAUCUAUUCAGAAAUCUGCCGGAGAUAGUGAUGGCACAAUUUAUUGGUGCCGUGCACUCCCAGAUUUUCAUGUCAAACGACGUAUUAGUUAAAGCUGGUGCGCGCGGUGAUGCUUUGUAUUUCAUCGCCUACGGCACCAUGGUCGUCUAUAACAGUGCAGAGAAAGAGAUCUGUCACUUGGAAGAUGGAGCGUACUUCGGCGAAUUGGCUUUGCUGAUGGAAGACGAGCGUUGGAUCGCGAGCGUCAUUGCCGCGGAAAAUUGCGAGGUCCAUAUAUUGUCGCGUGUCGACUUUCAAAAUGCCCUGAUGUCGUAUCCCAAUCUUCUGACGUAUUUGCAAAAUGUCAUGCUCGAGCGUCUGGAGCAGACGCCGUUACUUGAGAAGAUCCGCGAGUCAGAUUCGCUGAUGACGAUGACCGGGAAUGUCAAUAUCAGCAGUAUAAAAAUCAAGAAGAAGGACUAA